AUGCGUCGCCUGGCUCCGCACCUUGUAGGGUCCCACCUGCCRGAGCCCCAAGGCAGUGGACACUGCGCCACSGUGGACCCGGGGCCUCUGGAGGGCGGCUACCUGGAGCUCCUCAACAGCAGCGCCGACCCCCUGCACCUCUACCACUUCUACGACCAGAUGGACCUGGCCGCGGAGGAGGAGGCCGAGCCCUGCUCAGAGCCCGACACGGACACCAUCAACUGCGACCAGUUCAGCAGGYUGCUGUGUGACAUGGAAGGGGACGAGGAGACCCGGGAGGCGUAUGCCAAUAUCGCGGAACUGGACCAGUACGUGUUCCAGGACUCGCAGCUGGAGGGCCUGAGCAGGGACCUCUUCAUGGAACACAUAGGACUGGACGGGGUGCUCGGCGAGGGCCUGGAGGUGCCKGCAGAACCAGGGCCAAGGAGCCAGAAAAGACCUCUCUCAGAAGAGCACCCUGCCGACCUAAAGCACAGGAAGCUCGCCGAGGCCCCUGCUGUGCCCAUAGUGACCGGCAGUUUCCUGGUGGGACCAGUGAGUGACCCGGUCACCCCGCCUGGCCUGACGGCUGCUCUGUACCACCAGGAGCCAGUGUCCAGCCAGAUCCACCAGGAGAAAGCUGUGCAGAUGCCCGAGCCUCCCCCCACGGCCUCCGCGAGCUGCCUCCACCUCCCUGCGGGGCCCAUCCAGGUCAUCUCCACGAUGCCCACGCUGCUCCAGGGGCUCUGGCCCAUCUCRGGAGCCGGCACCGGCCUGUGCAGCAUAUUUAUCUGCCACGGUGAGACGCCCCUGACCAGCCCAGCACCACCUUCCACCGGCCCUGCCGUCCACAGCCUCCCCAAGUCCCCGGCCCGGCCAGGCUCCACCAGCCCCUUCGCUCCCUCUGCAGCUGACCUGCCCAGCAUGCCCGAGCCGGCCCUGACCGCCCGCCCAGAUGGGACAGAGGACAAGAGUUCCCCGUGCCAGGCAGCGCCAGAGGUCUCCACUGAGCUUCCAAAAUGGCCUGAGACCGUGAGGCGGUUCCAGGACGCGCUGCGGGACCAGUACGCGGGCCACGACGGCCCCGCGGUGGAGGUGGACCUGGUGAGCGCCAGGUUGGAGAAGGGCAGCAACAAGAGCCAGGAGCGGGAGCUGGCCACCCCGGACUGGGCAGAGCGGCAGCUGGCCCGCGGGGGUCUGGCGGGGGUGUUGGCGGCGGCCGGCCACCGGCGGCGGCCGCGGGAGACUCUGGUGAUCGCGGUGCUGGGCAAGGCCGGCCAGGGCAAGAGCCACUGGGCCCGGGCGGCGGGCGUGGCCUGGGCCGGCGGCCAGCUGCCGCAGUACGACUUCGUCUUCUACGCGCCCUGCCGCGGCCUGGACCGCCCGGGGGACACCCACCACCUGCGAGAGCUGCUCUGCUCCCUGGGCCCGCGGCCGCUGGCCCUGGACGACGAGGUCUUCAGGCACGUCCUGAGGCGGCCCGACCGCGUGCUGCUGGCCCUGGACGCCCUGGAGGAGCUGGAGGCGCCGGACGGCUGCCCGGGCGGACCCCCGACGGCGGAGCGCGGGUCGCCCCGGGGGCUGCUGGCCGGCCUCCUGCAGGGGCAGCUGCUGCGCGGCUGCACCCUGCUCCUCACGGCGCGGCCCCGGGGCCGCCUGGCGCAGAGCCUGAGCAAGGCGCACGCGCUCUUCGAGGUGGCCGGCUUCUCGGGCGCGCAGGCCCAGGACUACGCCAGGCGCUACUUCGAGACCUCGGGGGCCACGGGCCACCCAGAGAGAGCCCUGGCCCUCCUGCGGGACCGGCCCUUCCUCCUGGCCCACAGCCACAGCCCCGCGGUGUGCCGGGCCGUGUGCCAGCUCUCGGAGGCCCUGCUGGCGCAGGGGGACCCGGCCCAGCUGCCCCCCACRCUCACGGGGCUCUAUGUCGGCCUGCUGGGCCCGGUGGCUCGCGGCAGCCCCCCGGGGGCCCUGGCGGGACUGGCCAAGCUGGCCUGGGAGACGGGCCGCAGGCACCAGGGCACCCUGCGGGAGGGCCAGUUCCCGUCGGCGGAGGCGAGGACCUGGGCUGUGGCCGGAGGCCUGGUGCGGCCCGUGCCCGGGACGACAGGGGGGCAGCUGGCCUUCUCCAGCUUCGUCCUCCAGUGCUUCCUGGGGGCCCUGUGGCUGGCCCUGAGCGGUGACAUCAAGGACAAGGAGCUGCCGCAGUAUUUGGCGUUGACCCCGAGGAAGAAGAGGCCCUACGACAACUGGCUGGAGGCCGCGCCGCGCUUCCUGUCGGGACUGGUCUUCCAGCCGCGGGCCACCUGCCUGGGAGCCCUGGUGGCGCCCGCCGAGGCCGCCUCCGUGGACAGGAAGCGCCGGGCGCUCGCCAGGUACCUGAGGCGCCUGCAGCCCGGCUCCCUGCGCGCCCGGCGGCUGCUCGAGCUGCUGCACUGCGCGCACGAGGCGCAGGAGGCCGCGCUCUGGCAGCACGUGGCGCAGCAGCUGCCCGCGCGCCUGGGCCUCCUGGGCGCCCGGCUCGCGCCGGCCGACGCCUUCGUGCUGGGCCAGGCCCUGAGGGCGGCCGGCAAGGACUUCUCCCUGGACCUGCGCAGCACGGGCAUCGACCCCUCCGGCCUGGAGAGCCUCGUGGGACUCGCCUCGGUCACCCGCUUCAGGGCGGCCCUGAGUGACACCAUGGGGCUGUGGGAGUCCCUGCAGCAGCGUGGGGAGACCCGGCUACUCCAGGCCGCGGAGGACAAGUUCACCAUCGAGCCAUUUAAGGCCAAGUCCCUGAAGGACGUGGAGGAUCUGGAGAGCCUGGUGCAGGCCCAGAGGUUGAGGAGUUCCUCUGAAGAGGCCCCGGGGACCCUGCCCGCUGUCCGMGACCUGAAGAAGCUGGAGUUUGCGUUGGGCCCCGGCUGGGGUCCCCAGGCUUUCCCCAGACUGGCCAAGAUUCUCCCGGCCUUUUCGUCCCUUCAGCACCUGGACCUGGACUCGCUGAGCGAGAACAAGAUUGGGGACCAGGGGGUCGCGCAGCUCUCAGCCACCUUCCCUCAGCUGAAGGCCCUGGAGACGCUCAACCUGUCCCAGAACAGCAUCACCGACGUGGGGGCCUGCAAGCUGGCCGAGGCCCUGCCCUCACUUGCUGCGACCCUCCUCAGGCUCAGCUUGUAUAACAACUGCAUCUGCGACCUGGGGGCAGAGAGCCUGGCCCGCGCGCUCCCGGAGAUGGCGUCCCUGCGGGUGCUGGACGUCCAGUACAACAAGUUCACAGCCGCGGGUGCCCAGCAGCUGGCCUCCAGCCUGAGAAAGUGCCCUCACGUGGAGACGCUGGCAAUGUGGACACCCACGAUCCCCUUUGGUGUCCAGGAGCAUCUGCAGCAACUGGACUCCCGGAUCAGCCUGAGAUGACCCUGGCUGUGCUCUGGACAAGCACGGACUCUGAGGACGCUGACGCGCUGGACCUGAUCUGGGUUCCGUGGACCCAGCUCGUCUCCAGGCGCCCCAUGAGCCUCGGCAUCCUGGCCCCCAGCCCCUGCCGGCUCAGGAUGGGYCCGUCCAGCUGGUGAAGGGACUCAUCUUCGCGGGCAGGCCCGGGCCCCACCCAGGCUCCCCAGGGCCCAGGCACAUGCCAGCCUGUUCAGCUGCUCUGAGCCCUG